UCUUCCAUCGUAUAACUAUAGGCUCCAAUUAAUCUCCGUUGCUUUCACCCAUGGAUUCCCAGAAUCUUAGACAACGUUCCAGGGAUGAUUCUGGGGUUACCGCCGCCGCCGCUACCACCGAUGAGAAGAGCAGAAACAGGCGAGAAAAGAGGAUGGAAAUGGCCAAACGUGGCCUUCGAUCGUUAGUCAUAUCGGUUUCGCUCCCUUUGUUUCUCACCUUAUUGAAUAUCUACCUGUUCGGCUCGGGUCGUGGUUAUGGCGCUAAACCCAAACCCUUCUGGUUCCCUCCUUUGUGGCUUUUACAUACAGCCUGCUUGGCCGAGAGCUUCCUGAUGGGUCUCUCGGCCUGGUUCGUUUGGGCCGACGGCGGGUUCCACGUCAGGCCGAAUGCCUUUUCUCUUUAUUCGGCUUACUUGGGAUUCAGCUUGGCUUGGCUGCCGACCGUGUUUUGGAUGGGAGCCGGUUGGUCCGGGUUGGUCUUGAGCUUGGCGAUGGUUGCGACUCUGUUUGGGUGUUACAGUGAUUUCGGAAAAGUGAAUACGAUCGCCGGUAACUUGGUCAUGCCUUGUCUGGCAUGGGCUGCGUUCUUGUCCGUUGUAAAUCUAAAGCUCGUCUUCCUUUGAAGCAUAUAACCGGCAAAAAAUAGUUGUGUUUUCUUUCUUCUUCCCCUUCCAUGUGUCGUGUAAAUCAAAUAAGAUCAGGUUCUUCGUUUGUUCA